UACAUACAUACAUCUCCCGCCCAUUUCCGCGCAAAUUUCCUCCCAUUUCCCGUUAAGUCAAGCUCUGUCUCUUUCUAUUCACCGCCUCCGUCUCUUGAAUUCGUUUUUUAAUUCAAAAUCCAUUUUUGCUUGAUUUGGUGCCGAGCUUCCACCCACUGUUCUGCGGUCAGGCUACUGUAGAAGGAUGUGCUAUGUGCGGUUCUCCUGGCAUCUGGUGGUUGCGUGUUGUUUUUGUUUAUCGAUCGACUUGUGGUGUUCAUUCCAUGCCAACCCUAUCUCUUACGACAAUUUACACUCAAGGUCCGCCUUCCGCAUAACUCGACGUCGCCCAUUCUCGAAGUAGAACAGUUCCCUCGCCUCGUCGCUCCAUCUCUGCAUACGAAUUAGCCGGGACACGAACCUUCUGAGUGAGCUUAACUUGGAAGCUUUUUAGAAACAUAGCAACAUGCAGCUUGUUUGGGAAUGCGCCACGCUAAAAAAAGAUGAUGAAGGCCCACAAUGUAAUGCUUAUGGAGUUAUUUGCAUAUGUCAGGCUUCAAAUGCACUGGUUCUUUCUGGGAAUGACUUCACAAACACCAAAGCGGCCGAGUCUAGCCACCAAUCCAAGCAGAAAUCGGAUUUGGAGGAGCCCAUUGGAAACGUGACACCCGAUGACACUGAAUCUUUGGACAAUCUCGCAGAUUUUAACCCGCAUCCAUUAAAAUCUAAGAGAACUAAACCCUCUGCUAUUGUCCCUCUUCCAGGAUAAGAAUGGGAACUUUCUGCCUUGGAUCCUCCAUGACUCAAGUUAUCUUCUAUGUUGUGGAGCAUGUGCUUUAUCUAUUAACUUUCAGCCUCCUUAACAUAGUUUAGACCUUUUGAAUGUUGUGUGUAUUAUUAUCUUUUGCUACAACUACAAAUUUAUGCAUGUAAUUGAUUAAAAAGUAGGCAGCGGUAUAUUCGGCUACUUUUUAAUAUAAUUAUAGAUGUUUUUGCACAGGCAAUUUUGUUCUUUUUGUACAUAGGCGCUUCUAACUGAAAUAUGUUGGUUCAUCCCAUAAUGUGUAAUCUGCCGAUUAUUGGCAACUCCAAACAAGUGGGCGGGUGCUAGGCGGUGAGGACAGAAACAGGGCCAUGAAUAAGGUGGUGGCGCAUGGCAUGUUGAUGGAUCAAAUCUUGAAGCCUGGCAAAUGCAACCAAGAACUGCGCCGCAUCUGUUGGGGCCUUGAGGAGAACCUUCUUCACACUCACAUGCAUUGCUUUCACCCUCAGGUUUUGGGCCUUGAUGAGAACCUGAUGAACCUUUUUGAACUCGGUGUGAACACAGGCUAAAGCCGCCACACCCCCCUUCUUCUUCCUCAUCAUUCUCAAAGGGAGGUGAAAGAUGCAAUUCGCUUGGAUUUCAGCCAUCUCCUCCUCGAUCACUGCCUC